GAAAACGAGAGUCCCGCAACCUGAAGCAGUAUAAAAAUGGCAGAUAACAACCAAUAUAAGCCUGGAAGAUCGACUAUCGGCUUUGAAUCACCUGCUCCCCAGGCCAGCUCAUUUCGUCUCUACUCACAUCACAGUCACACGUGCAGAAAGAGACCCAUAUCGACAUUUCUCAUUAUAUUUGUAUUCGCUUGUUUGCUUCGUCUAUUCUUCAGUUUUACGAAAAUUUACAGCUCAAGAUUUGAUUUUUUUAAUCUGGGCUCUAGUUGAAAAGACUGUUUCUCUUCUCCAUGUUAUCUACAUAUCUUGCUUAUUGAUGUACUUCUGCUGGGGCCCUUUUUAAUUUUAUCAAUUUUCUCCGACAUAUCACCCUUUUUUUGCUGUGUGAGGCUUAGAGCGUGUAAUGUUUAUUGGUAAGUUUUGUUAUUUUCUCCGAGUGAUGUGAAGAAUACACAUAUUCUUACUGGAGAGACUGUUUUUCUCCGAGUAAUGUGAAGUUUGGGCAUGUAUUCUUCAAACAAAGUUUUGAUUUUGAGCUUUUCCUCAAAUUGGUUUUGGUCAGUUCUUUGGGGUGGUAUGAUACUAUCACUAUAAUCUUUAGACAGUAGUUUUUGGUUUUAUUAAGGAUGUCAGAGAACAAGUUAGACGGGAUGAUGUCAGAAGAUACUAAGGAGCUGAGGUCACUGGGCUCGAGUCCAACGUGGUCUGUGGCCUCUGUUUUAAGUGUAUUUGUUGUUGUUUCAUUGUUGGUCGAGCGCUCGAUUCAUCACUUGGGCAAUUGGUUGAAGAAAACUAAUAGAAAACCUCUGCAAGCUGCCGUGGAGAAGAUGAAGGAAGAAUUGAUGCUUCUUGGUUUCAUAUCCCUCCUUCUUACAGCAACUUCAAGCAUUAUAUCUAAUAUUUGCAUACCAUCAAAGUUCUAUGAUAGUGUAUUUGUUCCAUGCACGGAUUUGGAAGCUGACGAGGCAUGGGAGAGCAAUAGCUCUAAAGAGCGCAAACUUUUGAUAGCUAUCAAGGAUCUUCACUCGUAUAGGAGGAUGCUGACGGGUUUAAACCGGAAUACCUGCCCAGAGGCUAAAGUUACCAAAGCAAUUACACGGCAAAGGCAAUCGACCUUUGUCCGGGUGCAUGUCUCAAAUCCUACGGACAGGAGCCGAUUUUUCGUUUGGAUGACUUGCUCCCUUCGACAAUUCGGGCGUUCGGUGGCCCGUGUAGAUUACCUUACACUACGUCAAGGCUUCAUUACGAAUCACAACCUUACUCCAAAAUAUGAUUUUCACAGCUAUAUGAUUCGCUCCAUGGAAGAAGAGUUUCAAAGCAUAGUUGGUGUUAGUGCUCCUCUCUGGGGAUUCGUAGUAGCUUUUAUGCUGUUCAACGUGAAAGGAUCUAAUCUCUACUUCUGGAUUGCAUUGAUUCCUUUCGCCCUCGUCUUAUUAGUUGGCACAAAGCUGCAGCAUGUUAUCGCAACUUUGGCACUCGAGAGCGUAGGAAUAAGUGGGAAUUAUGGCGGAUCGAGUUUUAAACUCAGAGAUGAACUGUUUUGGUUUAAUAAGCCAGAACUAUUAUUGUCCUUGAUUCAUUUUAUUCUUUUUCAGAACGCAUUUGAGCUUGCUUCAUUCUUCUGGUUUUGGUGGCAAUUUGGGUACCAUUCCUGCUUCAUAAAGAACCAUUUUCUCGUUUAUCUACGACUAAUUCUCGGAUUUACAGGGCAGUUUUUAUGCAGCUACAGUACUUUACCCCUCUAUGCACUAGUUACUCAGAUGGGAUCAAACUACAAGGCGGCCCUAAUUCCACCGAGCAUACGCGAAACUAUUCAUGGCUGGAAUAAGGCGGCUAAGAGAAGGAGAAAAUUGGGCGGAGGUUUUGCAGACGACUCAACUGUCCACACGGACACGAGCACCGUAAUAUCAAUAGACGAAUUCGACAAUCAGCUGCCCGAAACUCCUCGGUUCACCAAUGCAAGUGCAGAAAUCGAGAUGCAAGUGCCUAAUGCUUUUGCUUACGAGAACUAGCCGAGAUUUGCUAAUCGCUGGAUUCCGGCAGUGUUUCGCCGGAGAUUGUUUAGAGGCCGUCCUCUGUGGCACGAUGAUAGGCGGUGAAUGAUUGGUGGUUGUGUUGGUAAUUUUUGCAGGUGUGUAGUUUUUGUAGUUAUACCAUAUUAUGUUGGAUGAUUAGUUUAACUUUAAAAACCCAUAAGAGAUUCAUUAUUAUGA